GGACAGAUCAGUCUUUCCCGCUGUGGAGGGAGGGGAAGGGGGUUCAAGAUGGAGCCUGAGGCACACUGUGGAGGAAACAUGAGAGCAGCCAAUGAAGACGCAGGUGCUGUGGGCUUUGCAGCGGACACAGCACGUGGCAGCCACAGCGUGCCGGGUGGUGCUGGUGGCCAGGAUGACCCUGGCGACCCAGCUCGCCCUGGUGAUGCCAUCAUUCAUGGAGUUCCUGGUGGCGUCAGUGACCUGAAUAAUCCCAGAGGCCCCAGCGCUGCAGGAGAGUCAGAUGGCACAGUCGGUGUCAUUCCACAGUUCCCGGGGGCACCCCAAGUUCCAGGGCCUGGUCGAGACGCUGCACCCAGAGCCGGAAUUCUGAGUAACCGCCCCCUCCAGUUCAGCCUCACUGUGCCUUUCUCAUCACACGAGGAGGCAGAGAAUGCCCGUCACUUCCUCACUCGACGUACUCAACUGCGAGGGCCGAUUCAGAAGGAGCUCGGUGUUAAUGGCCGCAUGCUGGUUCUCCGAUUGACUGCUGAAGACCAUGCCCUUCUCCAGAGGUCCAUCGCCUUCUGUCUGGACCAGCUUUCCCUGGUGAUGUGGUCCUUGCAGCACUUUGUGCCCCCCCGUUUUUGCUAAGCCUCAGAAGGGAAAAAGGGGUUAAACCUAGCCUGUGUGCCCUAGCCUCAAGUGUCCUUCCCCAGGGCAUUGCUUUCUGCAGUAAUUUGAUCCGGUUUCAUCCUGCGUCUGUGCUGCUGCUUGAGGGCUCAGUGGCAUCAUAGUUUGGUGAUUGUUAACUACAUAAAAUUGUUUGUUUGGUGAUUGUUAACUGCAGAAAAUAAAACCGAGCUACUGUGCUG